CACUCUGUUUCCCCUCCCUCCUCUGUUCAGUAUCUGCCUGGCUGCCCAGCACCACCACCAUGACCGAGGGUCGGAGGGAAGCACUGGCGGCGCCGGCGCCUGACUCGACCACCGCCUCCAUAGCCGGCUCCAACAUGACCAGCCCGGGCACCGGGGAGAAGGACGAGGACUUCUCCAAGCUGAAGGACAAGUUCAUGAAUGAGCUGAAAAAAAUCCCAUUGCCAUCAUGGGCCGUUGUCUCCAUUGCCUUUGUGGCUAUCAUUCUGGUGUUGGCAUGCUGCUUCUGCGUCUGCAAAAAAUGGAUUUUGAAGAAGAAAAACAAAAAGAAGGGCAAAGACAAGGGCAAGAAUGCCAUCAACAUGAUGGAUGUCCAAGAUGGAGCCAAAACCGAGGAUGAGGAGGAUGCAGAGACAGGGCUGACUGAAACGGAGAUAGAGGAAGAGCCCAAGGAGGACCAGAAACUGGGCAAAUUACAAUACUCCCUGGAUUACAAUUUCACCGAGAAUACGCUCAUGGUGGGUAUCAUCCAGGCUGCCGAGCUGCCUGCUAUGGACAUGGGUGGAACAUCUGACCCAUACGUAAAGGUCUACCUGCUACCGGACAAGAAGAAGAAGUUUGAGACCAAAGUCCACAGGAAGACCCUCAACCCUACCUUCAAUGAGCAGUUCAUCUUCAAGGUUCCCUAUGUGGAGCUCGGUGGAAAAACACUGAUAAUGACGGUGUACGACUUCGACCGCUUCUCUAAACACGAUGCCAUCGGCGACAUCAAGGUGCCCAUGAACAAAGUGGACUUCAGCCACGUAACAGAGGAAUGGCGGGAUCUGAUGAGUGCUGAGAAGGAAGAGCAAGAGAAGCUGGGAGAUAUCUGCUUCUCUCUGCGGUACGUCCCCACUGCUGGCAAGUUGACUGUGGUCGUCCUGGAGGCCAAAAACCUGAAGAAAAUGGAUGUGGGAGGCUUGUCAGAUCCAUAUGUGAAGAUCCACCUGAUGCAAAAUGGCAAGAGGCUGAAGAAGAAGAAGACGACAAUCAAGAAGAACACCCUCAACCCUUACUACAACGAGUCCUUCAGCUUUGAAGUCCCAUUUGAACAAAUCCAGAAAGUGCAAGUUGUUAUAACUGUUCUGGACUAUGACAAGAUCGGCAAGAACGAUGCCAUCGGGAAGGUGUUUGUGGGCCUGAACAGCUCGGGGACGGAGCUGCGCCACUGGUCCGACAUGCUGGCCAACCCCCGGAGACCCAUCGCCCAGUGGCACGUGCUGAAGGUGGAGGAGGAGGUGGACGCCCAGCUCUCCACCAAGAAAUAGGCAGGGCCCUUUCAGCACCUGCCUUGUAGUACUCUAUAGCCUGUAUGUGUAAAUACCUCAGUGAUAUAUGGGUCCAUCCCCCCCCCACCUCUCUGCUUUACCAAUAUCAAACACAAUCCUAGUUGUUCAAUCAUCCCUCCCUCUGCUUUUUUUCUAUCAGGUACUUUUCUCACGUUCUCUUGUUUUCUGUUCCUCUCUGAUCAGCAGUUUUCCAUCUCCACGCCCUUUUUUCUGCCCCAACCAAACGCCCCCUUCUUUUAAGCAAUAUGAUCUGUAUAGAUAGCGCAUGACUGAAAGAAUUUAUUGUACCACAGUUGUAUAUAUAAGUAUGCAGACAAAAAUGAUUUCUAGUUUAUGUGUUUGUAUGUUGUUACCCGUUUCCUAAUCUGUGUAUAUCUUGAUGUUUUUAAUAAGAUGUUCUAUUUUAAAUUAUGUAAAUUCAGAUAUAGAGGAAAGCCAAUAUUAUAUAUCCCAGGAUUUAAAAAUGCUACCUUAUUACCUUAUUGCAUUCCAGAAAAAAAAAGAAGAAUUACAACCUGCAACACACUAGUGGAAAUAUAUUCACACUGUAAAGGAAAAUGUCUGGCUUUAAGUUCAGCAAAGGAUCAGAGAAGACAUGAAUAUAUACAUACUAAACUCCAAAUACAAGGCCAUUAACUACUAUGGUUCUGAGGGGGGAAUGAUGCUGCUGGAACUAAUACAAGCACAUGAUUUCUUACACAUUUUGUACUUAUUUCUCAAUCAGAGGACCUAUAUGUUUAGCUUGAUGCACAAUGAUUCCAGAAAAAAUUGUUAAUGCAAACCAGUAAGCAUUGAUUUCUCCAUAAAUGGCAAUUUAAGUGAAACAGGUCCUAGUUUAAAAGGCAGUUGCGCACUAAAACUGACUUUUUUUCUUUUCCAAAAAUGGAAAAUGUUGCCUCCAAAAAAGAAAACAAAUUCCCUUCAACCCAUAAAAAAGACCCCAAGUGAAAAAAGCACCAAGCUGUAGCCAUUGUGUCCUUAAGCUCGUUCAACAAUAUUUUGUUAACUGUUUACUUUGAACAGCCUUGUAGUUGUUGAGGGUAAAUCGCAUUGAGGCUGGACCGUAGACAAGGAGUUGUGACUCUGGUUUAAAGAGGAAUCUUUUUUAGAGCAAUUCAACGUCUUGACUAUUUUUCGUAAACUGCAUGAUUUUUUUAACAACCUUUACUAAAGGCUGGGAGGGGGAGAUCUACUGACACCAGGGGCUGUCUCUUCUGAUACGAUCCCCUUGCCUUCAAUCAGAAGAGGAAAGGAAAAAGAAGAGCGAUGUGUAAACAUUGGGUCAAUGUACAUGGGUAUAUUGACCGAGACGAGUUUCUAAACACUGCCAUUUCAGAGGUGACUUAUGUAAAGACCCUCUCUUCAUGCACACUCCCACGCUAGUGGUUGUAGCUUUCGGGAACAAUGUCUUUGGCUGCAAUGGUGCCCUGAAUCGCAGUCUUAGCUUUGCGUUGCCUUCUCACAGUGACAAUAGAGCUAGCCAUGUUUUACUGCCAAUUUUAACUUUAUGUGGCUGGUGUUUUGCACUGGAUGUCUUUGACCUAGAUUGUUUACUUCAGUUUAUGGACAGUUGUUGGGCUGGGUUUAUUUCAGGACACCUACAGGGGGCGGAAGAACUCUGCCUGCUCGAUCGGCUUAAAAAAGCAAUGAUGACAAAUCACGGUUCAGCCAACAGUAGUGUUUACUUAUUGUUGGCACAGGAAUACAUCAAGAGAAUGAGAAAUAACCGUAAAGUGAAUGGUCUGCGUGGGCUAUUAGUCCAUCAUGUUCUUUACUCGGGUCCAAUUAGCAAAGGAAUACGUUUUACUCCAUGAAAACCAUGAAGUCUCUUAUCUUGGAGGAACCUCUUGCAUAUACUUCAGCUUCAGGAGGACUUUCUAAAUGUUUUCAAUGUUACUGUGUAGUUGAUAGCACUAUUAUGAAAAAGCUACUUGUCAUUCCCUAGGAGUCUCUGAGGACUGCUUUGUGUAUCACUGUGACUGCCGUGUGUGCUUAGAGAUGUAGACUUAUCAGUAGGUAGCCAAACCAGUUUGUUCUGUAGUGAUGUCGUAGCGUUUAAUGCCAUUUUCCCUUCUACGUGCAGAGAAAGAGAGUGCAGUGCGUGCGCGAGGCGUUGUCCGACUGCACGUGUCAGAAAGAGCGGGAAGAAAUUUUAUCUGAGCAGGUCGCUUCACACAGCAUUUUGUUGAGCACUGUGCAAUACUUGUAUGUUCAUCCCAUAGUGUUAACGUGGGUGGCGUUGCCCGAGAAAAAAGAUUCUAACCCCUGAGGAUGAUUCUAGUCCAGAGAGAUGUUUCUCCUUUCCAGUGAAAUGGUUAGGACACAGCACAGCUUUCAGCUUACAGGUUGGAGCUUGACACCUGUCGACCUCGGUUUAGGGUUUCCGCCCUUUUUCGCAGGUUCGUUUUCUCUUCAUGCACACAGUUCCAGCAUCAGAAGUUUCAGGGAGUAUUAGUUAAAUACCAAACGAGAUUCUACAUUUAGACAUCCCCUUCAAAUGCCAUGUAUAUAUUUACAUAAGCGUGUCAAAAAUUGUAUAUCUAGAAUUAAUAUAAAGUGACAUGAAUAUGAUCAUUCAGCCGCAGAUAUCAUUUUACCCAUCCAUCAUGCAUUAACUAUAUCUCGUCAUUUUCCAUAUUUAUUUUUUAAUUGUUUAAUGCCCUGUUGAUUAAAAAAAAAAAACUUUUAUAUUUGAGAUGAAAACUGAAUGUACAGUAUGGACUGUGUUGGCGUAGAUUACUUUAACAGUGAGAUUAGAUGUACUUUGCACUUUCUGUUGAAAGAAAAAGUCACUUUGUUUAUAUUUUUUAACUAUUAGGAAUUUAAUUCAUAACCCUUUGUGGGUAAAAUCUCCCCUGUCUGAUUGCAUUCCAAAAUCAUUGAAUAUACUUCAAUACAGCUGCAUUCCCAAUUUAUCUUCAUCCAAGGGAUUAUUUUAUUGGACAUGUUUGACAUAUGUAGAUUCAUGAAUUCCAGUACAGCUUCAGAUUUAAAUGAAAAAAAAGGAUUAAAGUACAAGGUAAAGGCUCUUUAAAUAUGACCAAACCAAUCGGAUAUUAAUUCAAAAAGGUUGUACUGACGGAAUAAUCCGAUGAAAGCUGAAAGAAAAUCUGAAUUGAAACAGAAAUAAACAUGUGUAAACAUAUCAGGGAAUUCAGUCGCGGGCAGCAUUGCAGAAACCAUCAGAUUUCGAGGUGUGUGGAAAUACCUGCAAUGCUCCUGUUAUUGCAAUUUCCUACCAAAGUAUGCAUGAAUAAUCAAACCCUAAAUUCUCUUGUAAAAAAUUCCCUUAUCAAGAACUCAAGAUUCUCUCCAGUGGCACUGAUGAAAAGCCACACUGACCUUUCAAAACAAAGCUGUGUAAAGUAUUAGAAUCUGAUGCUGUUGAAAGAUCCUAGUUGCCUUUGUGUAUAUCAACUGCCUGCUUGAGUAUUUUGUGCGUGGACAUUUUCUCUGUAAUCUUGUAGAACUGUUUGGAGUGUUUUUUCCUGCCAUAUCGCUCGCGGUGACUGCGAGCCGCUGACAGUUAUAUUUGCUGUGUAUACCUUCAUUUUUGAGGUGUUUUACAGUUUUGUUUCACUUUGUGUAGUGAUUCACUCUGUGGAGUUUUCUGACUGUUGUUAUAUGACUUCAUAUACACAAAUGAUCAAUAAAAAUGUUUUAUUUCCUGUU